UCCCUUUAUAGCACCAUUGAAUCCGACUCCUAACAGAAGUACUGUGAAUCUUGUGGCCUCAUUCUGAACAAAAGGGAUUAGAGAAGAAAAAUCUCUUGAUAUAAGGCUUAUAAGCGAGGGCAGGCAAUCUUGGUUGUGAAUAUUUUCUGAUUUUUCCAGAAAUCAAGCAGAAGAUUGAGCUGCUGAUGUCAGUUAACUCUGAGAAGUCGUCCUCUUCAGAAAGGCCGGAGCCUCAACAGAAAGCUCCUUUAGUUCCUCCUCCACCACCACCGCCGCCACCACCACCACCACUGCCAGACCCCGUUCCCCCGGAGCCAGAGGAGGAGAUUCUGGGCUCAGAUGACGAGGAGCAGGAGGACCCCGCAGACUACUGCAAAGGUGGCUAUCAUCCAGUGAAAAUUGGAGACCUCUUCAAUGGUCGGUACCAUGUCAUUAGGAAGCUAGGAUGGGGGCACUUUUCCACCGUCUGGCUGUGCUGGGACAUGCAAGGGAAAAGAUUUGUUGCAAUGAAAGUUGUAAAAAGUGCCCAGCAUUAUACAGAGACAGCCUUGGAUGAAAUUAAAUUGCUCAAAUGUGUUCGAGAAAGUGACCCCAGUGACCCAAACAAAGACAUGGUAGUCCAGCUAAUUGAUGAUUUCAAGAUUUCGGGCAUGAAUGGGAUACAUGUCUGCAUGGUCUUUGAAGUACUUGGCCACCAUCUCCUCAAAUGGAUCAUAAAGUCCAACUAUCAAGGCCUCCCCGUUGGUUGUGUGAAGAGUAUCAUCCGACAGGUUCUUCAAGGGUUAGAUUAUCUACACAGUAAAUGCAAGAUAAUUCACACUGACAUAAAGCCGGAGAACAUCUUGAUGUGUGUAGAUGAUGCAUACGUGCGAAGAAUGGCGGCCGAGGCUACUGAGUGGCAGAAAGCAGGUGCUCCUCCUCCUUCUGGGUCUGCAGUGAGUACGGCUCCACAGCAAAAGCCUAUAGGAAAAAUAUCUAAAAAUAAAAAGAAAAAGCUGAAAAAGAAACAGAAGAGGCAGGCUGAGUUGCUGGAGAAACGCUUACAGGAGAUUGAGGAAUUGGAACGAGAAGCUGAAAGGAAAAUCAUAGAGGAAAGCAUCCCCUCUGCCGUACCUUCCAAUGAACACGAUGAUGGAUAUCACCCAGAGGAGAAACUAAAGGCAGCAGUACUAGAGGAGGUGACAGAAGAUGAGGCAGCAAAGGAUAACGGUGAAGCUGAAGACCAGGAAGAAAAAGAAGAUGCAGAGAAGGAAAAUGCUGAGAAGGAUGAAGAUGAUGUUGAACAGGAACUUGCAAACAUAGACCCUACAUGGAUGGAGUCCCCUAAAGCCAAUGGCCAUAUUGAAAAUGGUCCCUUUUUAUUGGAACAGCAGCUGGAGGAUGAAGAGGAUGAUGAAGAUGACUGUGCAAAUCCUGAGGAAUAUAACCUAGAUGAGCCAAAUGCAGAGAGUGAUUAUACGUAUGGCAGUUCCUAUGAACAGUUCAAUGGUGAAUUGCCAAAUGGACAACAUAAAAGUCCAGAGUUUUCCACAUCAUUAUUUUCUGGGCCCUUAGAACCUGUGGCCUGUGGCUCUGUGCUUUCAGAGGGAUCACCACUCACUGAGCAAGAGGAAAGCAGCCCAUCCCAUGACAGAAGCAGAACAGUUUCAGCCUCUAGUACUGGAGAUUUGCCAAAAACAAAAACCCGGGCAGCUGACCUGUUGGUGAACCCUCUGGAUCCACGGAACGCAGAUAAAAUUAGAGUAAAAAUUGCUGAUCUGGGAAACGCUUGUUGGGUGCAUAAACAUUUCACAGAGGAUAUCCAAACACGUCAGUAUAGGUCCAUAGAAGUUCUGAUAGGAGCCGGCUACAGCACUCCCGCAGACAUUUGGAGUACAGCAUGCAUGGCAUUUGAGCUGGCAACAGGAGACUAUUUGUUCGAACCGCAUUCUGGGGAAGACUAUUCCAGAGAUGAAGACCACAUAGCCCACAUCAUAGAGCUGCUAGGCAGUAUCCCAAGGCACUUUGCUCUGUCUGGAAAAUAUUCUCGGGAAUUCUUCAACCGCAGAGAUCACAUAGCAUUGAUCAUUGAACUGCUGGGGAAAGUCCCUCGAAAAUACGCUAUGUUGGGGAAAUAUUCCAAGGAGUUUUUCACCAGAAAAGGAGAACUGCGGCACAUCACCAAGCUGAAACCCUGGAGCCUCUUUGAUGUACUUGUGGAAAAGUAUGGCUGGCCCCAUGAAGACGCUGCACAGUUUACAGAUUUCCUGAUUCCAAUGUUAGAGAUGGUUCCAGAAAAACGAGCCUCAGCUGGCGAAUGCCUUCGACAUCCUUGGUUGAAUUCUUAGCAGAUUCUACAAAUAUAGCAUUCUGAGCUAGCAAAUGUUUCCCAGUCCAUUGGACCUAAACAGUGGCUCUCAUUCUUUAACAGGAUCACAAGUGAGCUGGCUCCACACUCAGACCUUUGUUUGCUUUGAGGUACUGUUGUUUGACACUUGGCUUUCUGUGCACCAUGAUCCUGGGGACGGGUAGUCUCUGUCUUCAGCUAAGUAGUUUACUGGCCAUCUUCUUCUGGAAACAAUAACAUGUCUCUAAGCAUUGUUUCUUGUGUUGUGUGACAUUCAAAUGUCAUUUCUUUUUUGAACAAAAAAUACUUUCCCCUUUGUGUUUUGGCAGGUUUUGUAACUAUUUAUGAAGACACAUUUUAGCUGAGUAUUAUAUAAUUUACAAUCUUAAGAAAUUAUCAGUUGGAACCAAGAAAGAAUGAGGAAAUACACAAUUUUUUCUUCUGGCAAAGGGAAAUCAUUCCUGUAUUAUAGUGUAUGUAACUGUUAUUUUGCAUAAAUAGGGGACGAGGAUUCACAUUCAGAAAAGCUACCCAGUCCUGAGUGCUUUUUAGCACACAUUGCAUGUUGCGAUUUCCACUGCUUCAAGAAGUUGCACAAACUUUUUCAUUCCAUAACAGUCCAAAUGGCUCUGGAUUCGGUGCCACUUGAAAGGAGGGCUUUAAAUUGUGGCAUUUUAAGGAAGAAAAACUUGGUUUUCAUUCAAAAAUUUAUGCUAUAAUCUAGCAGUCCCAUUUGUAUUUUUUCAUAUUUUUAAAACUACUUUUUAAGAAUAAGUCAUUCCCACUUAAAAUGUGAUGGCCCAGUGCCUCCUAUCAGCACUGUAAGUUAAAUAUGUAGAUUAAAUUGGACAAGAGAAAUAUGUUGUGUGUGGAAUGAAAAUAAUAAUAUAUUUUUGGAAAAGCAUGAUCGUGUUUGUCUAGAACACAAGGUGUGGCUUAUAGUUUGCAGCACAGUGGACAGAACACUCCUCACAGCUUACAGGUACCAGUGAUCAUGUUCAUUCCAUAAGCAGCUUUACUCGCUACAGCAGUUUUACUCCUUUCCAUUGUCUUUCCAUGAAUGAGAAAAUAAUUUCCCCUUUGCAGGCCGCGUACAUUUUUAGUUUAUGCAGUUCCUUAAAAUUAAUUGUAGAAUUCAGGAUACAAACCAUUAGUAGGCAAUACAAUUUUAGAAUGUAACAUAGAGAGGUAUAUUUAGCCUCUUAGAAGUCAGUGAAUUGAAUGUCCUUUUUUAAAAAAAUUUUUAUUCAUUAAGGUGCCUCGUUUUUCUUGACUUUGUUCAUUAACAUUUAUCCAUAUGCCUUUGCAAUAAUUAGAUUGUGAAAAGCUAACAAGUGUUGUAACAAUAAUCCUUUGUUUGGGGUGCUUGCACUUGUCUUAAAAAAUUAAAGUGUUUUGGGUUUUUUUUCCAGACAUUGCCUUGGUCAUUGCCCUGUAUUUGAAGUGACAGAAUCAACAUACAUUUGCUCUCAGUAGAGUCACCAAAGCUAAAGGAGGCACAAAUGAAGGCAUAGGACACAUUAAACCUUACUACCAGGAGAUCACUUGUGGAUUUCAGGAAUAAGGCUUCAGUGUGGAUGGUCCCUUUUUUAAAACCAGUGUUUCAUCAUAAGUGCUCCGUUUUCUUCCCUCCUACUCCUUAUCUUUCACUCUGAACAGACAAGACACAUAUCCUUUAGGAGUUAGCAUUGUUGUAUCACACUCUUGUGAAGUAGAAGGUUCCACUCAUUUAUGUACUAUGCAUGCUGAGUUUUUCUAAUGAGGCUGUCCAUGUAGAUCCUAUGACAGAUGGUGGCAGUUGAGUGUUAUCAUCAUAUAAACACUUGUAUAAGAACCACAAAGUA